AUGUCCUUUAACGAUUUGGAAAGAGGAAUUGGAUCUGGCUCCAGCAGUCGAAAUGGAAGAUUUUAUGGUGGAGUUUCGAUCUCAACUUCAGGUGACGAAGAUACGCGGUAUAAGACCCUAAGCAAAAGUAUAUCCCAACAGGUUUUUAAUAUUACGAGUAAUGUGGCCAAUAUACAUAGGCUUGUUUCGUAUCUAGGAACAACAAAGGAUACACCAGAAGUAAGAACGAAAUUACAUACAUUAACUGAGAAAACGCGUGAAUUAGUAAAAGAGACAAGUAAUGAAAUUAAACAAUUAUCUCAUUUUCAAGGUACAAGUGGACAAAAUCGUAAACUUGAACAACAAAAACUCUCCAAGGACUUUCAAAAGACAUUAGUAGAAUUUCAAAAAGUUCAAAGAAUUUCUGCAGAAAAACAACGAGAAUAUGUCGAUAAAGCGAAAGCUCUCAAUGUCCGAAAUGACAUUUAUGAGGAAGAAUCCGGCGUUGUUGAAGAGCAACCUCUUAUUGAUGACAGUCAUCGAAGACUCCAGCUUAAAGUCUUGGACAAUGAAAUUGAAUACAAUGAAUCUUUGAUUGCCGAGCGUGAGGGUGAGAUUAGAGAAAUUGAACAAGGAAUCAAUGAGCUGAACGAAAUAUUUAGAGAUUUGGGAACUUUGGUAACGGAACAACAAUCUAUGUUAGACAACAUCGAAAGUAAUGUGACAAACAUUGCUGUUAAUGUCCGAAGUGCAGCUGAUGAAUUGACUAUUGCGAGCCGUCAUCAAAGGAAAGCUCGUAACCGCAUGUGUUGCUUGAUGCUUAUUUUUGCAGUUGUUGGAGGGGUAGUGAUAUUGGCUGCCUUAACUUAA